AUGACCUAUAUUUUUAUUCAAGUUAUAGCUCUAUUGUUCAAAUUCACUUUAGCAUUUGACCCUCUAUUUCCUAUACAUUUACGAAAUUUGGCACUCUCUGAAUUGACGCGGAUGACCUUCUCUGCUAAAACAUUGUUGCAAACUGCAUCUUUCAAUUAUCUUCUCAAAAGAAGAAAAAAUUUACUACAACUAACAAUUUCAAACGGGCUCUUUUUACUUCUAUUUGGCAGCUAUAGGUGCAUGCCUGCCAUAGGACCACUUAUCAAAUUGCAACAUGCAAAGGCCAUGGCAGCUCCAGACAAGUUCCAAUCUUUUAGUCUCUCUUGGACAAGUGAAUGGAAAAUCCAACCCACCCACCUUACUUACCCACCUCUCUCUAUCUCUCUCUAUACUCAGAACAUCACCCACUGGAAAAAGAAAAAUCUCCUCUUCCGAGUUGUAAAGCGACUAACCCCAACACCUCCCCAUCUCCCUUCUCUCUCUUCCCAUAUUUGCCUCUCUUGCUCUUGCAAUACCAUUUCACCCACAAAACAUUACACCAUAAAAAUACCCGCGAUUCCUCCUAAGUCAUUCGUCUUGCUCCACAGAAUCAACACUAUCUCCACCACCAAAACUAUAGCUACAGCUCAUAAUUCCUCCAUGCUUUGCCAAAAGCCGUAUCCUUUAACAUGCACCAUGCCCGUCCCUGAUACCGUUGCUCGCCAUCACACCCACCCCGUUGGACCAAACCAGUGCUGCUCAGCCGUCGUCCAGCAGAUCGCCGCCCCCAUCUCCAUCGUCUGGUCCGUGGUCCGCCGCUUUGAUAACCCCCAGGCUUACAAGCACUUCGUCAAGAGCUGUAACGUCAUCGUUGGGGAUGGUGAAGUUGGUACCCUCCGUGAAGUCCACGUCAUCUCGGGCCUCCCUGCCGCCAGGAGCACCGAACGUCUCGAGAUCCUAGACGACGAGCGUCAUGUUCUCAGUUUCAGCGUCGUCGGUGGAGACCAUCGACUAGCUAACUACAGGUCGGUGACGACCCUCCACCCUUCGUCUGCCGGGAACGGAACGGUCGUGGUGGAAUCAUACCUGGUGGACGUACCUCCGGGGAACACUAAGGAUGACACGUGUGUGUUCGUGGACACCAUUGUUCGGUGCAAUCUGCAGUCACUGGCUCAUAUCGCAGAGAAUCUAGCCAGGCGCAAAUAGAAAACAAGGAAAAGAAGCCAUUUUCGUGAGUGAAGCUCUUCAUCUCUCUCUCUCCCUACUGCAUGUUAUUAGCAAAAAAAAAAAAAAAAAAGAGUCUUUAUUGAUACGCCGUAGUUUUUGUGAGUGUCAGAUGGGGCCGCCGAUGGAAAAUCUCAUUACUGCCAAGUUCAUGUUUAUCAUUUCUCAUGAUGAUCAGCAUCUUUUGUUUGUUUUUCUUUUUCUUUUUUACCAUGUUUCUUUAAUCUAUGAAUUUUUAUUAAU